AAAGAAAAAAAAAAAAAUCACCGCCGAAUGCAGCGUUCGUGUGAGGGAGUUCGACUCAACACUGACAAGUCACGAACGGUGGGAGCUGUGUUGUGCAGAAGCGGACUCGAAAGCUGUAAUUUGGUUGAUUACAACAACAAAACAUGAAGUACUAUGAAGAAGCUCAGGCGUCUGAUGACAAACGUCCUUGUGCCGGCAUCAGGGAGGAUUUGAAGGCCUGUCUGUUAGCCACAGAGUGUGUUAGGGUGCAUAGGAAGACUCCAAGAGAAUGUCUUCUGACCAAUGACCCUUCUGUGCCACAAGAAUGCUUUGCACUUAGAACAACUUUCUUUGAAUGUAAACGAUCACUGCUGGAUACCCGUCAGAGAUUUAGAGGACGUAAAGGCUACUAACAAUCGCAUCACCAUUGAUAUAAUACUUCAUUUGUAAAUAGAUCUUUCUUAGUUUUUAUAUAAGCUUGCAGUUCUUGGUAUCCUUAUAAUGAAUAUGUGCAAAUGGCAGAUGCUCAUCUAAUUUAAAACAUGAUGGAGAAGAAUAUAUGGCAAAUGA